GCGGCCGGCGGGGGGAGCGGGAUGGGCUGCGCGCCCAGCAUCCACGUCUCGCAGAGCGGCGUGAUCUACUGCCGGGACUCGGACGAGUCCACCUCCCCCCACCAGACCGCCGCCCUCUCGCAGGGCACCGCCGCCACCCUGCACGGCCUCUUCGUCAGGACCGACGCGGCCGACUCCAUCCCCUCGGUGCUCGCCUACCAGAGCCGCCCGCCGCCGCCCGGCCCCGGCCCCGGCCCCGGCCCGCGCCGCCAGCAGCGCAGGGAGCCCGCCACCCCCGCGGCCGCCGGCCGGGCUGGGGCGCGCCGCUGCUGCAGCAGCACCGAGGCGGAGACCCAGACCAGCCACGCCAGUGUCAAGCAGGCUUCGACUACAGAGGUGCAAAUUGGGCCCAUGAGACUGACACAAGACCCGGUUCAGGUUUUGCUGAUCUUUGCAAAAGAAGACAACCAAAGUGAUGGGUUCUGGUGGGCUUGUGAUAGAGCUGGAUACAGGUGCAAUUUUGCCAGAACACCAGAGUCAGCGCUUGAAUGCUUUCUUGAUAAGCACCAUGAAAUAAUUGUCAUAGAUCACAGGCACUCCAGACACUUUGAUGCAGAAGUGAUCUGCAGGUCAAUCCGUGCUACAAAGCCAUCAGAACACACUGUGAUACUUGCUGUUGUUCCCCGCAUAUCUGCUGACCAAGAAGAGACCUCUGUUCUUCCCCUUCUCCAUGCAGGCUUUGAUAGGAGAUUUAUGGAGAAUAGCAACAUAAUUGCCUGUUACAAUGAAUUGAUUCAAAUAGAACAUGGGGAGGUGCGGUCACAGUUCAAACUACGGGCUUGUAAUUCAGUGUUUACAGCUCUAGACCAUUGUCAUGAAGCUAUAGAGAUAACUAGUGAAGAACAUGUUAUUCAGUAUGUUAAUCCAGCCUUUGAACGGAUGAUGGGCUAUCACAAAGGAGAGCUUAUGGGAAAGGAGCUUACUGAGCUACCAAAAAGUGAUAAAAACCGUGCAGACCUUUUAGACACUAUCAAUAUGCGUAUCAAAAAAGGAAAGGAAUGGCAAGGGGUUUACUAUGCAAGAAGAAAAUCAGGAGACAGUAUCCAACAACAUGUGAGGAUAAUACCGGUGAUUGGUCAGGGAGGGAAAAUUAGACAUUUUGUGUCCAUCAAGAAGCUGUGCUGUACCAAUGAAAACAAUAAACAGCUCUACAAGAUUCAUCGUGAUGAGAAGUAUGCAGGAGACAAUUCACAGGCAGAAUCCCACUCCUUCAGAUGCAAGAACAGGAGGAAAGAAUCAAUUGAUGUCAAAUCAAUAACCUCUCGAAGCAGCGAUGCGCCAAGCUUACAGAAUCGUCGGUAUUCAUCAAUGGCAAGAAUCCACUCAAUGACAAUAGAAGCACCCAUCACAAAGGUUAUUAACAUCAUCAAUACUGCCCAGGAGAACAGCCCUGUCACGGUAGCAGAGGCUUUGGACAGAGUUUUGGAAAUUUUACGGACAACAGAACUUUACUCCCCUCAGCUAGGUACCAAAGAUGAAGAUCCUCACACAAGUAAUCUUGUUGGAGGUCUGAUGACUGAUGGCUUGAGAAGACUGUCAGGAAAUGAGUAUGUAUUUUCUAAGAACAUGAACCAAAGCCAUAGUCACCUUUCAGUGCCAAUUACCGUCAACGAUGUACCACCUUGUAUUGCACAGUUACUUGAUAAUGAAGAAAGCUGGGACUUUAAUAUUUUUGAAUUGGAGGCUGUUACAAAUAAAAGGCCAUUAGUUUAUUUGGGUUUAAAAGUUUUUGCCCGGUUUGGGGUCUGUGAAUUUUUAAACUGUUCAGAAGCAACACUACGAGCCUGGUUCCAAGUGAUUGAAGCCAACUACCACUCCACCAACUCGUACCACAACUCCACACAUGCAGCAGAUGUUUUACACGCUACUGCGUUCUUUCUUGGAAAGGAGAGAGUUAAGGGAAACCUUGACCAUUUAGAUGAGGUGGCUGCAUUAAUAGCUGCCACAGUUCAUGACGUGGAUCACCCAGGACGGACCAACUCUUUCCUGUGCAAUGCAGGAAGUGAAUUAGCUGUACUUUAUAAUGAUACUGCUGUAUUGGAAAGCCACCAUACAGCAUUGGCAUUCCAGCUCACAGCUAAAGACAACAAAUGCAACAUUUUCAAGAAUAUUGACAGGAACCAUUAUCGGACAUUGCGCCAGGCUAUUAUUGACAUGGUUUUGGCAACAGAGAUGACAAAGCACUUUGAGCAUGUGAACAAAUUUGUGAACAGCAUCAACAAGCCGAUGGCAUCUGAGGAAAGCAACUCAAAUUACAACAGAAGCAGGAAGCCUGCCAAACAAUCAGUGGGGCCACUGGACAAUCGAGCAUUCAAGGAAGACAAAGCCAUUGCAGAGAAGCUAAAUGAAGUCGUUGCAUCAGUCUAUGCUGCAGAGGAUAGUGAGGGCAGUGACUGUGAAUGUGCACCCAACGUAAAGAAUUUUCCAGAGAACCAGACACUGAUCAAGCGCAUGAUGAUAAAAUGUGCAGAUGUAGCAAAUCCUUGUCGCCCUUUAGAACUGUGUAUUGAAUGGGCUGGGAGGAUUUCAGAGGAAUAUUUUGCACAGACAGAUGAAGAGAAAAGACAGGGUCUACCAGUUGUAAUGCCAGUAUUUGAUCGAAAGACCUGUAGCAUCCCCAAGUCUCAGAUAUCCUUCAUCGAUUAUUUUAUAACAGACAUGUUUGAUGCCUGGGAUGCAUUUGCACAUCUACCUGAUUUGAUGCAACACUUGGCUGUUAACUACAAACACUGGAAAACAUUAGAUGAGUUAAAAUGCAAGAGUCUCAGGCUUUCAGCAGAAAACAACAACUGAAGCAAAGAGAAGAAAACAGGACCUCUUGAUCUACCAGUCACACUGUGAAUCAUUUACUAAAUUAGAUACAAGAGGCAUUGUGUCUCCUUUCAUAUGAACUUAAAAACUCUGCAGCAAGGAGAAAAUAUUUUACUCCUCACUUUUAAAAUGCUCUAAAUUCAACAAAAUUGUUUUUCAUCAAGGUAUGUAACUGGAGAUGAAUAAAUGGUCUUUGGAACUAUCCUUUCAUGGCAGAACAGGUAUUUCUAAAGCUAAUUUGUAAUGUUUGUUUUAGUGCGUUUGUCAAAUCUUGUAACUGGUGCAAUUUUAUUUAGUGACUUAAAUAUACUAUUUACAAAUGGUUCUCCAACAAAAGUGUAAUCUAUUCACCUGUGAAAUGCAAAUAAGUUAAUCAAACACAAAAUAGAGUAAAAACCACCAUAAUUUGGCAUAAAUUUGCCCCCAUUAUGUAAGUUUUCCUCACAAGGAAAACCUUUUAAGAACUUUAUUUCUAAAGAGAAGCUCUAGAGUAGAACAAGUGAGGCUUCAUCAAUAGUUGCAAAACCUACUGCUUUCAGAGGAACACUGCCUAGACUGCCUACAACUUAAACCAUUUGUUAUUAAUCAAAGAUUGAAUAUAAUUUUACCUCUGUCACAUUGCACAGAUCAAUCUGUUUCUCUCCUUUCCCAUAUAAACUCUUGAUUGUUAUAAUUAAAUCAGUCUAAUUUAAUUACAUUUGUUAUAGAGAGGGGAUUUAUCAUGGUUCAUAUAAUUGGUGCGAUUCACUCUUUUCUCUGCCAUCAUACAGAGGUUACCAGGAGACAUUUUGUCAUAUUUUACAUGUAAGCCAAUACAGUGUGGGAUUGAUCAACAAACUUUUUUUAAUAAAAUGUUGUUUGUACACAUGGUCACUAAGAUUUUAUUAAAUCUAAAUUUUAUGGACACAAGGCCAUAUGUUGUGGGGUGUGUGUGUGUGUGUGUGUGUGUAUAUACACACACACACACACACACAUUAUAUAUAUGAGUAUGGACCUGUAGCUUUUUAAGAGUUUUCAGGUUAUAAAUUAUAACAGCAUUAUAACUUAUGCUUUUUUCCCCUCUAAUCCCUCUAAUAGAAUAUGCUGUUUUAUUAGAUGAUGUAAAAAGUAUUUCAAAAGCUGUAAAUAAGUUAGAAACUGAACAUAGUAUUUUCAUUAGUUUUAAAAUAUGAAAUUUAUGGUAACGCUUCCAAAGCACAAAUGCAUAUUUUUAUACACCUCAUUUUAAUCAUGACUUUGUGCAAACCCUGAGUUCAGAUUUUAGACUUUGUUUAAUACUAGCAAAACAGCUAACAGCAAUUACUGAUUUUUAACACUGUGCACUCCAAGCUGCAGUCAAGAGUUGCGAGCUGUGACUUCGUAGAAAGAGGUAACGCAUUGCUCAGAGAAAAUAAAGGACUUGGGACAAGCUCUAUACCUCUGUUUUGUGCUGUAUCAAGUAGUAAACCAGGUAAAAAGAAAACAGAUAUACUGCUGUGGAGGAAAAAUGACAAUGAUUGUAGUUUACUGCAGGAAGCUUACAUAAUGUGCCAACAUUUUUUCUAUGUUUUGUACCAAGUUAUGUAAACAAAUGGAAACCGUACAAUUUCCGUGCAGAGAAAUGUAUAUAAGCUAUAUUUUUGUUAAAAUUGUAAUCGAACCUUAUUUUUGUCAUAGCUGAGGCAGUUUGCUGUGUAUUAUAAUGCUGCAUUGUGUAUAUUUGACGAAUGGUGUUUUUGGUGAACUGUCUAUAUUCAUUGUUCCCAUAAUGUACCACUACACGAAGUUUCAGCUCUGAUUAUAUUUCUUUCCAAUGGAUUUUUAUUCAAAUAAGUUGACUUCUAUGUUUUAUACUGUAAAAUGUUUGUUCUUCUCAUUCUUUCAUUUACGAGCAAGUGUUCUGGUUAUAUCUUGAACCAAUUAUAUGCUGACAGACUUGACUCUCGUUGCAGUUUCUGUUGGAAAGAUCUCCUAGGAAACUUCAGAGUGUUGUCACUUGAACUCAGUUUGUUAAAUACAAUAUCAGUUUUCUGACUAUAAAUGCUGUGUAUAAAGAUUUACUUCAGCUUCCUAUUGUCAAAUUUUAUACCAACUUCAAACUCUUUCAGUACUGCAGGAGAUGUUAACUGUUGAAGAAAUAAAGCUCAUCCACAGUUCUGUUCA